CACAGGCUGUCUUCAACCAUCUAUGAUUAUUUGAUCAGAUAUGGAGCUCGGGCAACUUCCCUUUGUGUUCUUGCUGAUUUCAAACAUCCACUCUGGACACACUGAUGAGAGACCAAAAGCCAAAGUGACCAUUGAACCUGAUCAACAUGUAUUCAGAGGAGAGACAGUCACUCUCAGAUGUGACAUUGAUGGUGAAGGAGUCACUAGCUGGCAGUACAGCUGGUAUAAAGACGGUUCAGUCAGUGUUUUCAGUGAACUACAGGAACACAUAUUCAGUUCUGUUACUGAGUCUGACGCAGGUAAAUACUCCUGUUAUGGAGCAGAGAGAGGAGGAUCACGAACAUCAAACAUCAGUGAUGCAGUUACACUGACAGUAUCAGUUCCCAGAGCAGUUUUAAGUGUUUCUCCACAGAAGUGGUUGACUGAAGGAGAUCCAGUGACUCUGAUCUGUGAGGUUAAAGGCUCCUCUACAGGCUGGACAUUCAGCUGGUACACUCUAACGGUUUCAUCAGACAGCAGUCAUCAUUAUAAGCCACUCUCAGACAGCAGCAGAGGAGCUGGAGGAAACUACACUUUCAGUUCUGCUGCUCUAAAACACACAGGAGUUUAUGUGUGCAGAGCAGAGAGAGAAAACCCUGCCUAUUACACAACCUACAGCAACACACAACCACUAUGGAUCACUGGUGUUUCUCCUCCAGUCUCUCUGAUCGUCAGUCCCAGCAGAACACAACACUUCACAUUGGUCACUAUCUCUCUGAGCUGUGAGGACCAGAGUAACUCUGAUAGAUGGAGAGUGAGAAGAUACACAGACCAUGCGCAGCUGGAAGAUUGUUUACUAUCAAGCUGGGGAUCACAAACAGGAUCUACAUGUAAAAUCAGCUCCACUGUCCCAUUAGACACUGGAGUGUACUGGUGUCAGUCUGAAUCUGGAGAUAGAUAUAACCUUGUUAAUAUCACUGUACACAUUGGUGUGAUUCUGGAGAGUCCUGUUCAUCCUGUGACUGAAGGAGAUACUCUGACUCUACGCUGUUUAUAUCCAUAUUCAACCCCACCAAACCUCAGAGCUGAUUUCUAUAAAGAUGGAUCACUCAUCCAGAAUCAAACUACAGAGAUGAUCAUCUCUGCUGUCUCAAAGUCACAUGAGGGUUUCUACUACUGCAAACACCCAGAGAGAGGAGUGUCACCCAAGAGCUGGAUCUCUGUCACAGUGUCUCAUUCAGAAUCUCAGAUCUCUGUCCUCCACACACUCAGUUCUGUACUGGCAGUUUGUCCAUAUCUGCUAGUGACAGUCGUGCUGAUUUUCAAAUGCUGCAGGAUGAGAGUUACAUCUGUUGAAGAGGAAGAAACUUUUGUUUGACAUUCUAUUCGGAUGAUGAGAAAUGUCAGCUUCGUCCUGAAUUUCUCUUUAUUUCUCAUUAUCCUAUUCACAAGCUUUUACUUGCCUACUGGCAUUUACUUACUGUAAUGACCAAGUUUUGAGAGUGAUAACUGCAUUUAAAUGCAAGAAUGAAUCCCAUUAGUUAUUGUACUCACAGUUUAAGGAAUACAGAAGUCACUCAGAUUGACAAUUGCUAAACUUUUGCUGUUUCUGUGUAUGCCUGCUUCACAUUAUAACCACAUGAGCACAACACUGUAAUUUGUAUAAGCAUGUAUAUUCCGUAUUCUAGCUCAAGAUUCCUGACUUAUAUCACUGCUAUGCCUUGUAGGUUUUUCAGAUUUCCCUGUCCAUGUUUCCUUGUUUUAUAUCGUUUUUUUUA